UUCUCAUUUAGUUAUUUAAUAAUAAACUAACCUAAAUCUUCACAUGGCAUCACCUUCACCCAUUAUACAACGUGAUGUUUGCAGGGCUAGGGAUUACGCCGAGUUUUUUUCGCGGGUAGACCCGAUAACUUCGAAGGAGCGCAAACGUCCACGCGAAUCAUGUGAAUGUAGGCUAAGCAUUCUAAGCUAGGCCCUGUUGUGACUUGCGAAUUGUGGUGAAUUUGACUUUAUCUCAAAAGCACCACGAACACGAGUACGAACUAAGCUGAUGCACCUUGUGAGGAGGCGGUGUGAAUUUGGUCCAUCAACCUCAGACCCGGACACCGGAGACAGAACACAGCCCAGAGAUCAUCCUGUGAAUGACAUACCGGCAGUCCACCCUGAAGAGUCAUCAUCAGAUGGUGAUGAGGAUGUUGAACCCAAGACGGACGCUGAUCUCCAUGACGACGGGUUGGCCUCAUCAUCAGCGCUCAGGGAGAGGGGAGUAAAGCGACGUAGAUUCAUGUCACAUCCUCACCAUCAGAAGACACGGAGGGGUCACUGGCCCUCUGGAACUGUCAUCAGCAAGAACCACAUUGUUCGCAGGUCCAAAUCAUUUGGCAUUUCCAAGGCUUUUACUGAUGCGUUAGCUAAACUUGAGGAUAUGAGUAAUGAAAGUCGCAACAGACAGUUCCACAAGCUAUUUAGUUUCAUCCCAACAGAAGAGACAGUUAUCGUCUCAUAUUCGUGUGCCUUGGUUAAAGAGAUCAUGUUUCACGGGAGGAUGUUCAUCUCCCCAAAUUGGAUCUGUUUCCACUCAAACAUCUUCACAUUUGAAACUCAGGUGGCCAUAAAGAUGACCUCUAUUGCAAGUAUCAGCAAGGCGAGGACGGCUUUUGUUAUCCCAAAUGCCAUUGGAAUCCAGACAGAGAACGAAAAGUAUGUCUUUGGCUCACUGUUAUCAAGACGAUCCACAUACAUGCAGCUCAUCAAGGUCUGGAAGAACGCCGUGGCAUCCACUGAAUUGGAAGAGGAGGUAUCAUCAUCUUGUACUAGUAAUGAUUGCAGUGGGAUUCUGCCUCUAGAUGAUUCAGAUGUUGUCCAGUGCUUGGAGGUAGGUAUCGGUUUGUAUUCUGCACAUACAUGUACCAUGCAUAGGAAUGGAUCGUGCAGUAUAUAGUUUCAUUAUAACUCCACAGGGUAUCUCGGGGACAUCUCACUACAGAAUUAUUUUCAAGCUCAACUUCAAACCAACCCCUUCCCUCAUUAUUUCAUGUCCAUGAAUGGCUAGAAUUUUCUUUAAUAGCAGAAUCUGUUCCUUAAAAAGCUGACCUUUUUCAAUUUUUUUUUCUUCAGUUGAUCCAAGUCUUGAAGAAGUAAUGUCAAAAUGCCAUAAUAUGACAAACACAUUAUUUUCUGCCACUGAAGAGCCAAUUUGUUUACACUUAUCCAGGCAACAGAACUACCCACUGUUGCUUAG